AUGGCAGAUCUAAAAACCAAGGCUCAAUUCCAUUUCACUGGUGUUAAAAAAUAUUUUAUUGCUUUGAUGGUCUUAUCCUUCAAGCUAAUAUUUAAAAACUCCCCAGCUGUGAAAGCAACAUAA